UCUCUUUCCUGAACGAGAAGCCAUGGCUGCUGCGAAUCUGGCAAAAAUGCUCCAGGGUGAAAUGACCUGUCCCCUCUGCCUGGAGUGUUUGAACGACCCGGUGUCUCUAGACUGUGAUCACAGUUUCUGCCGAGCCUGCAUCACCCAGUGCUGGGGGGAACUCGCUACAGACGUCUCCUGCCCUUUGUGCAGACAGACCUUUCCCCGGGGGAAGCUCAGGCUGAACAGGCAGCUGAGGAAUAUUGUGGAUGCAACUAGAGAACUCCUGUUGCAGUCAGGGAGAGAACCAGCUGCAGAGAGACUGUGUGAGAAGCACAGGGAACCUCUAAAACUCUUCUGCAAAGAGGAUGAAAUCCCCAUCUGCCUGGUGUGUGACAGAUCCAAGGGGCACAGAGAUCACACCGUGAUUCCUGCAGAGGACGCUGCCAAAGAAUUCCAGGUAAGGCUCCAGGCCCAUUUGAAGACUCUGAGAGCAAAGAGAGAAACGCUGCUGGGAUUGAAAGUGAGCAGAGAGAAGAGAAGCCAGGAGUAUCUGAAACAGACACAAGCCGAGAGGCAGAUGAUUGUGGCUGAGUUUCAGCAGCUGCGGCAGUUCCUGGAGGAACAAGAGCGACUCCUGCUGGCCCAGCUGGAGAAGCUGGAUGAGGAGAUUGGGAGGCUCCAGACUGACAAUGUCGGGAAACUCUCGGAGCAGAUUUCCCAUCUCAGUGAGCUGAUUGGUGAGCUGGAGGGGAAGUGUCAGAAGCCAGCGAGUGAAUUCCUGCAGGACGUGAGAAGCACCCUGAGCAGGUGUGAGAUUGGGCCGGUCCAGCUGCCAGAGGAGAUUUCCCCUGAACUGGGCGAGCGAGUCAGGGGUUUCUCCCGGCAAACGACUGCGCUGUCGGAGACGCUGAGGGAGUUCACAGACACGCUGCCCACUGUGCUGAAGAGAGCAAGACGACCUUUCAGACAGGCGACUGUGACUCUGGAUCCAGACACGGCUCAUCCCAGCCUUGUCCUGUCUGAGGAUCGGAAACAUGUGAGCUGGGAACUUACACGGCAGCCACUGCCCGACAACCCGGAGAGAUUUGACCCUGUGCUCUGUGUGCUGGGCCGUGAGGGGUUCACCUCGGGGAGACAUUGCUGGGAGGUGGUGAUGGGGGAUGGGCCAUGCUGGGCUGUGGGGGUGGCCAGAGAGUCUGUGAGCAGGAAGGGAGGGAUCAGCCUGAGACCUGAGGGGGGGAUCUGGGCUGUGCAGCGGUGGGAGGGUCAAUUCCAGGCUCUCACCUCCCCUGUGACCCCCCUGUCCCUGAGUCCCCCUCGCAGGAUCCGGGUUUGUCUGGACUGUGACCGGGGGCAGGUGACAUUUAUUGAUGCUGGUGCCGAGGCCCCAAUCUUCGCUUUCCCGCCGGGCUCCUUCCCUGGGAAGAGAAUCCGGCCCUGGCUCUGGGUGGGGAGAGGAUCCCCGCUCAGCCUGUGCCCCUGAAUUCAGCCUCUCUGACCUCACACACCCCAAUCUCAAUGACCCUGGAGCACUCCCCUCUACCCAGCCCCUGACUCUUCAUCUCUAUGAUGCCUGAAAGCUCCUCCCGCUCCCUCCCUCCAGCCCCAGGGAUGGGAGAAAGAAGAACUCCUGGGACUGCAGGAGGAGCAACGGGACAGG